AGCAGCAAAUAAGUGACUGAGGUAAAGCUUGGAUGGUUACUGGGUCUGUACAUUAGUCACACUCAUUUGUGUCAGUUCUGAAAGAGAAGAGUCAGUGAAUGGACGAAGAAAGUGUUGGUGUGGUGUUUGAAUGAGAGCAGGCAGAGACAGAGCUGGGAGUCAGUGACUGUCAAAGUGAGAGGAAACUUGGAGAUGUUAUGAGACACUCAUGGACAACAGAGACAGCCUGAGCAUGUGUGUGUGAAAGGGAAGUAGCGAGAGUGGAGUAGAGAGAGUGAAAGGGAAGAGACUGUCAGUGAAAGAGAGUGUCAGUACUAUCCGCCCCCUGCCCCUGCACACUGACGGGAUGGGCGGACUCUCCAGUCACAGCUCAGCUGGGUCAGCCCUGAGCACAGUCUCGCCUUGCGCUCUCUCUUGAGUCUCAGAGCUCCGUGGCUGCCGCCGGUGAGGAAGGAGAUGCCUUCCCCAUAUCAUUAUUCUCUUUCUCUCCCCGUCCAUCCGACCGCCGUGGGAACCCCGUAGGGAUUUGGAACCUGUAGCGUCUGGCAGACAUAACAUUGUUUGGCGAAAUCUCCUUCUUCUUGCACGUUUCCUCUUCAGCCUGGACUUUCUUUUUCCUGAUUUAAGAAAAAAAAAAGCAGUCAACCUUGGGCCCUCCCCUGCUCUCUGUGCAAGAGGGAACGAUGGCUGCAGACGGAGCUAGAUCUCGGUUUGGCAAUCUCGGCUAUCGCGGAGGGGGAGGCAGCAGUAACAGCAGCCCAUCUUCCAGCCCCAAGCUCGGAAGGGGAAAGAACAGGACCCCGCCGCAACAGCAUAAGCGAACGGCAUCCCCCCACUUCGGCUCCCCGUCCUCCUCUUCACCAGGAGCCAAACACCAGCAGCUCAAACAGGCGCCCCUGUCCCCAGCUCACAGCUUCAGGAAAGUCACCCUCACCAAGCCCACCUUCUGUCACCACUGCACGGAUUUUAUAUGGGGGCUCGCCGGCUUCCAGUGUGAAGUUUGCAACUUCAUGUCUCAUGAAAAGUGUCUGAAACACGUGAAGACUGUUUGUUCGUGCAUGGCCCCAAGUCUGGUGAGGGUUCCAGUAGCCCAUUGCUUCCGACCACCUGGACAUUAUAAGAAAAAGUUCUGUACAGUGUGCCGAAAACAUUUAGAAGAUGCGUUGACAUUAAGAUGCGAAGUUUGUGAACUUCAUGUGCACACAGACUGUGCCCAGUUUGCAUGCAGCGAUUGUCGUCAGUGCCACCAUGAUGGACAACAGAAUCACGACACAUACCAUCAUCACUGGCGAGAAGGAAAUAUGUCUUCCAGUGCUCGUUGCGAAGUCUGCAAAAAAACCUGUGGUUCUUCAGAAGUUCUCUCUGGCAUGAAAUGCGAAUGGUGUGGGAUUCAGGCUCAUGCUGCUUGUUACAUAAUCCUAAAUCAUGAAUGUACUUUUGGAAGACUUAGAAGUAUGGUGCUCCCGCCAAACUGUGUUCAUUUGCAAGCUCGUAAUUUCAGCAAAAUGCACUGCUUUCGAAUAUCAGAGAGCAUUCAAGCUGAGCAAGAUGAAGAUAACGAAAAUGAUGGAAUAACUCAAGGAUCUGUAAAAGAAACACCCACAUCUGCUGAUUCAAGCAAACAAAGUUUAAAGAUUUAUGAUGGUCAUGAUGCUGUGAAGCGCAACCAGCCCAGAAUAAUCUCAGUACCAAGGAUUUCAAAGAGUGAAGAAGUAGUGGAAGCUGCCCUGAGAGCUUACUACAUUCCAGAUGACCCCCAGGAAUAUGAACUUCAGACAUUGACACAGCAGUCUUUAGUCAGUGAUGACAUUAUAAACAGAAAUGGUGCAAUGGAGGAUGGCAAAGUUGGAUCUGUGUUCAAGGAGGCCACCCCUGAAGCUUGGAUCAUAAGAGAGAAACCAAAGGAGCGUGAAAUUCUAAAAAUAUACCCUGGAUGGAUGAAGGUCGGUGUGGCAUACAUUUCUAUUCCAGUAAAUAAAGAACAUACAGUUCAAGCAGUAAUUCAGGAGGUUCUCAUACAGCUUGGACGUCAGAAAGAAAAUCUGGAAAAUUUCAGGCUGGUGGAAGUCCUUAUGAGUAGCAAGCAAGUACAGAGGAUGGUUUUGCCAUUUGAACAAAUCAUUUUUGACAGACUUAAUGAAGUACAAAAGACUUCCAUUCGCCAGAUGAACCAAACAAGAUUUUAUAUUGAAGAAAAUGAGAAACCUGAAAUAAAAAUACAUAUAUUAGUCAGUGGUUUACCUCCUUUGCUUUCUAGCAAAGAGUAUACUGAUAUCUUAAAAGAACAUCUAGCUAUAAAAGAUAAAUUGGUUUCAGUGAUACCAGCUUACUCUCCACAAGGUGCUGUUGUCCUGGAAAUUGUAUGUUUUUCUGAAGCAGAAAGAAUAUUUAUGCUAGUAAAAGACACAUCUAUUAACAACAAGCAGCUUCAUGGUGUUGUUAUCCCUCAUAUUAUGCAUGAAAAACUGCCUCAAGAAACCUGCCCCUUGCUUGUAUUUGUGAAUCCCAAGAGUGGAGGCCUUAAAGGUCGCGAACUUCUCUACAGUUUACGUAAACUGUUGAACCCACAUCAAGUUUUUGAGCUAACCAAUGGAGGUCCACUCCCUGGGUUUCAUACUUUUUCGCAGGUUCCCUAUUUUCGUGUACUUGUUUGCGGUGGUGAUGGUACUGUUGGCUGGGUGCUCGGAGCCCUUGAAGAAAUACGAUACAAGUUGGCUUGUACAGAGCCUUCUAUAGCUGUUCUGCCACUGGGAACUGGCAAUGAUUUGGGAAGAGUGCUACGAUGGGGAGCUGGCUAUAGCGGGGAAGACCCUUAUUCUGUUCUGAUCUCUGUGAAUGAAGCUGAAAAUGUUCUAAUGGACCGCUGGACAAUACUGCUGGAUGCUCAGGAGGCAGUCGACUCAAUGGAAAAUGGCAUUUCAGAACCUGACCCACCAAAGAUUGUACAGAUGAACAACUAUUGUGGAAUUGGUAUUGAUGCAGAGCUGAGUUUGGACUUUCACCAUGCCAGAGAGAUUGAGCCGGGAAAAUUUAAUAGCAGGUUCCACAAUAAAGGAGUGUAUGUAAAAGCUGGUCUGCAGAAGUUAAGCCAUAACAAAAAUUUACACAGAAUCCUGAAACUCCAGGUUGACCAACAGGAAGUGGAAUUACCAAACAUUGAAGGUCUUAUUUUUCUCAACAUACCCAGCUGGGGCUCAGGAGCUGAUCUUUGGGGCUCUGAUAAUGAUAACCGAUAUGGAAAGCCAAGAAUCGAUGACGGAUUGCUUGAAGUUGUUGGUGUAACUGGCGUUGUUCACAUGGGUCAAGUACAAGGAGGCCUGCGUUCAGGAAUCCGUAUAGCCCAGGGAUCUUACUUCCGUGUUACCCUUCUUAAGCCUAUCCCAGUUCAAGUUGAUGGUGAACCCUGGAUCCAGCCACCUGGACAGAUUAUUAUUUCUGCAGCUGGUCCAAAGGUUCACAUGCUAAAGAAGUCUAAACAGAAGCAGAAGAAAACAUCUGCCAGCUCGAAGGACACCAAAGCUGAUUCUGUCAUACUGAAUGACAAUGGAAGUUAAAGAAAGAAGAUUCUGGAGGGAGAAUCACAGACUUCACAGUAGAACACUGCAGAUCUCAUGCCGAUUCGCUCACUCAGAGAGAAAAUAUCUUCCAAAGUGUCACUGUUGUCCCUUUGCUCGUGUCCCUGCAGCUUCCAACAAUACCGACACUUUCCUAAUGUAAUAAGUAAUGACAAACUGACCUUGAUCUGUGUCCAUGGAACGUGUUCAAUGUAUCAUAGUUUUAUUUUUGUGUGUGUGAUAGAGAUUACACCCAGUGCCCAUUGGCCAGUUUGGUUGUAACUAAAUCAAAUGGAAGUCCCUUUGUUUCCAGCUUCGGAACGUUUAGUGCAUUUAUUUAUUUUAAACGUCCUUUUUAUUUUAUAACAAGCUACUGUGUAGUAAAUCUAACGUCAGCAAUAAAAACUGACUUUCAGGCAAAAUGACAAAAUGAAAAGUAAUCACACACUUAGUACAACACUAUAAUCUCUUUUUUUAAAUACCGUUAAUAGUCAAUAACAUGAUAUUUAUUUCUGACUCCUGAACAAUAUGAAUGUGGUUUGUAUUUUUUAUUCAAAAAUGUCCUUAUGGUUUAUGAAUAUUGUCAGACCAAAUGUUACGGGAAAAGAUACCAAAAAAGAAAAAAAAAUGCCAAGGAUGGAGUGUAGGAAAUUACAUUAUUAUGGAAUAGCGAUAAGGGUAAAGCAGAUGCCAUUUUGUUCCUUUCACCCCCCAACUGCCCCUCUCUGUGAUGCCAGUUUAACAUUGCCACAUGGUUCCAGAACUGAACUUGGCAACAUUUAUAAAUAACAAAGAAUUGAAUUGACAUUGUGGCAUUAAGAUAUUUAAUAUUAUUAGAAUGAAGUAAUCAAACUCUGGGAGGCAGAUUUAUCAAUUUUCGAGCUUAAUAGAGGAAAGAAAUUCUCAACCACCAGGUCUUUGUCACUUUUUUACCCCACAGAUGAGAAUUGGCAGAAAAUCUCGAAUGUUUUUAUGAACUGGGACAAUAAAGUUGCUUGAGACAAUUCAUAUUGAUUCCUUUACAAACUUGACAGCUUUUACUUGCUGGGUUUAUCUGGCUAUUUUAAAGAGGUUUUACAACUCAUAGAUAAAUCGCGACUAUUCCUAGUUUGUAAGAAUAUUCUUGUGUAUAUUCUCAUUCGAGUUUUUUUGCAACUUUUUUUUUUGAUUGAGGAAAGAACUGCAAGCUUUAAUUCUGAGAAAUCUGCCUCUUAGAAUAUUAACAUGCAUUUUAGGUGUAUUAAAUGACGAUGAGAUAGGGGCAGAAUGCAGGCACUCCUGUUUCAGAAUCACUGCGCCUAAGUGAGCUCUCCACAUAAUAAAAGAUAUCCAUGUAUUGAAGGUAACCCACUCUCACAUGUCCUAUCUUGGUCAAAUCAAUAAUCUAAUGCAAAGCCAACCUAUCUGAAUUUAUAGCAGCCCAAACAUUGGCUUUGCAUCCAUUUCAACUUUUUGACCAAGAUAAGACCCAUGAGUGAGAAUUUCCUCCAACACAUGGAUAAACGACUGAUCAUUAGCUAUGAGAAAUAUACUUAUUUGAAAGGUCUGUAUCAGUGGUAUAACAAGCUUCAAAGAGAUUCUCUGCGCACCUGGUCCUUCAGAAGAUUUUUUGGGUGAGGGCAAGGACGCUCAGAAGCUCCUACCUUUGGCUUAGUGAUGUGUUGGUCAGUCUUGCAACCAGCAGGACCCAUGGGUUUAAUGUCCGUUCCCUACCCGAGACCUUAUUCCGCUAGCCUAUGCUUCUGGCACCCUCUGUUUAGAGGCAUGCCCGUCCCAUUUCAUGACAUCUCAAAUGGCUGGGUCAGGCAUGGGUCCAUAAAUAGAGCAACCAUGCCGGGUAGGGUAGAGGACUUGGGAUAGGGUUGGGAGCUGCUAGUUUUUUUUUUUUUGUCGACCCGCACAUCACUACCGGCCCUUCUACCCAACCCCAUUCCCCGCUCUUGUGGGUGUAGGUACUGGGAUAGGGGGAAAGAGCUGGGAUAGGGGGUGUAAGAGCUGGGAUAGGGGGAAUUCAAACCACUAUAGAGGAAGCAGACCCUGAUUUUGGGUCUGCUUCCUCUAUAAUUAUGCCAAUGAUUUAUAUGCUAUAAUUCAAAAAUAAAAUAAAAAUAAUGGUAAGCUCUUUGUUGAUACUUUCCAUAUGACCCCAAAUACUUUCCACAGAAGUGGAAAAAUAACCCACACUUAGGGGGUUAUUUGCUUAAAUCUGAAUUUAUCUCAUUAUUUAAAUGAAAAAAUUGUAAUUAAAAAUUUUCAGAAUUUCCCCCCCCCCCCGAAUUGCUAGAUUUUUGGGUGUUUUUCCCUGAAAACUUUUCCAGAUUACCCAGCGCAGAUCACACGAUCUUCAAAUUGUAAAAGGGACAUCUCCCAUUGACUUAUACAAGACCUCAACAGUUCUGAAACGGCAGAUUUUCUGAAUCAGGCUUUUUGCAGCAUUGGGGCAUAAUAAAUCGUGAAAAAAUUGAGUUUUUGCCCCAAAAAGCCCAACCAGAUAAAUUUGAGGUUUAGUAAAUACCUCCCAAGUAGUUGAUUAUUUCAGAUUUUUUUUUAAGGCUGGUUAAAAAAACGCAUUUGGCAAGGGAGAGAGACGUCUAAUAGAAGAGAGAGUGGUUCCAGCCCUGUCAUUGUUGCAAAUGUCGUUGGCGCUUACUGGAAGCACAGAAACUUUCAUUUUUUGGAAUUGCUGUUUAUAUAGGGUCAAUAUAUGAAAUAAUUGUCUUGUUCGUGUCAAAAUCAACCAUGCAACGUGCACUUUAUCCGAUCUGAAGCAAAUUAUUUUUAUUUAUUUUUUU